AUGGACUCCAAAAAGCCCAAAGCGCUCAUCGUCGGCGCCGGCAUCGCGGGCCUGGCCGCAGCCUGGUGGCUCCGCAAGGCAGGCUGGGACGCCGCAGUUGUCGAGCGGUCCCCAGCGGUGCGCGACGGCGGCUACAUGAUGAGCCUCUCUGGCCCAGGCCUCGAGACCAUCAAACGCAUGGGCCUGUUCGACAAGGUCAGCGAGGUGGCCCACCGGCUGCGCGAGAACAUCAUGCACGACCAGCGCGGGCACGAGAUGCUGCGCCUGCAGUACGAGGACUUCCACGGCGGCACCGAGGGCACGGCCAUCUGUCGCGGCGACCUGGCGCGGGUCUUGAGGGAGGCCCUGCCCGAUGACGCGGUCCGCUACGGGGAGACGGUGACCGAAAUUACUGCUGACGAUGGCGAGGACAAGGUACACGCGACACUGAGCAGCGGCGAGAAACUCACAGUGGAUCUGCUCAUUGGCGCGGACGGGAUCAGGUCGUCGAUUCGCGACAGGUUCUGGAAGGGCGAGGACUGCCUCGAGCAGCUGGGCUACUCGUAUGCGGCGUAUGACAUUGCGUUUGCGAAGAAGCUUCAGGCGGAUUGCGUCUCAUUUAAUUGCCCCGGUUACCUCGCCACGGUGUACUCGCUUGGAGAGGACCAGAAGGCAGCUCUACACAUCUGGCGAAACCCACAGGCUGGUCCGCAAGACCGAGAAAACAAGAUGGAGGCUGUCCACAAAAUUGGUGCCAACGGUCCUGCGCUAGUGACCGAGGUGGUGGCACCGUUCGAGACCGCCUCGUCGCUCGUGAUCGACGACCUGACCAUGGUCACACUGAAGCGGUGGUCUAAGGGGCGGGUGCUGCUGCUCGGCGACUCGGCGCAUUGCCUAACGCUGAUAUCCGGCCAGGGGGCCUGCAUGGCUGUGGCAUCGGCCGAGAUACUCGCCAGCGAGCUGAUGAAAACCAACAACGAUGUCGCAAAGGCCCUGGCGAACCACGAAAAGCGGCUCCGCCCCGUCAUCCAGAGCCUUCAGGCCCAUACCCGAAAGAUUGCACCGGUGUACAUUCCGGCUGGGGCGCUAAAGUAUCACCUACGGAAUCUUUUCCUGAGGGCCAUGCCUUAUUCGUGGAUUGUCUCGUGGUACAAGAAGAGUGCUACUGGCGAGAUCGACCUGACGCAGGCACUCAAGGAUUAA